UUCCAGUAAUCCCAACCUUCUCUGGAUCCAUAGGGAUUGGUCCAAGUACACAGCACGGGGCAGGUUUUAUUGAAGAAACUGGAUUAUUGGAUUACUUAAACCGAUACAUAUUAAAACACCGAAAGUAAUAGCGUUCUACAUAAAAGACCCACCUUGCCUCUCAGGAUGUGUAGCAUGGUGUUGCUGUAGUGGACCUUAGGAUCAGCAUACAGUGACUCCGCUCGUUGGACACCAUGCCUCACUUAAGUGUCAAUCCCAGCUCAAAGCCUAACUGUAGCACGGUAUGGCUCAUCUCUGUCCUCCUAGGCCUAUUGGCUGUACACACUAAUGCCAAUGAUGUCCUUACUGUACCACAGCAGGUGAGCCUGUCAACCAACAUGGACUCACAACAACUAUCCAUAUCAUGGCUGGCAGGAGCAGCCACGACCUUUGACCUCAUGAUCCUAAGAACUGAACUCAAUGAAACUGUCUUCUAUGAGACGGUGUCUGUGAUGGUGAGUCAGCUGAGCGGUCGGCAUGAGUGGAACUGGACCUCAGUUGAACCGCUGCAGUGUACCUCGCUGUCCUUCAAAAUCUGCUCAAGAGAAGGACAGUCAACAAGUGAAUGGAGCAACACUGAGAUACUACAAGGUAGCGACCUCCCCAGUGAAGAGGAAUGGCAGAUGUUCCCCCUCGACAGAGUCGUACCCGUGGGGGCCAAUACCACCUUCUGUUGUAUUGUGAAAGAGGGGAAGCAGUUUGGUACCAUCAACUACGGCAAUAAAGUCAUGAACACAACCCGACUGAGUAGGCGAAGUUACGCCACUACAGUGGUUAAUCAGGGUCUGUCCGGCCCAUCGGGAACCAACGUCGUCUGUUACAAUAGCUUCAAAGAAAUUGUAAUUGGAGCGGUGGUGUUUGUUGGAUAUCCUCCACUGCCCAGUGAUUUUGUGUGUGAGACUCAUGACCUAACCUCGGCUGUGUGCUUGUGGAACGAAAGACGAAACACAAAUUUGUACAAGAAGACACGAGGAACACGCUACACACUGAACAAUAGGACAUUUAAUUUGAGCUGGUCAUGGAACCCGAAGAAGGAGCGUCGUGUGGACCACUGGGAGGGUAACUGGACCCUGUUGGUUGUGAAUCUUCUCGGCCAGUACAGCCUCACUGACUCCGCUGAGCUCAGUCACAGAGUGACUCCAGUAGCACCAGAGAACCUGACCUUUGUUGCCCAUGCCACGAAUGCCACUGUGCUGUGGCAAUGGAAGUACGACGGCUACAGUUCCCUGGCUCUUUUCUGCCAGGUGGAGCUCACCUCCCAAGGGUACAAAACAAAUCAUACCUUCUCUGGUGUGGGUCUGCGGGCGGUAGUCCUACCCGACCUGUAUCCUUACGAGGACUACAGUGUUCAAGUCCGCUGCGGUGCCCAGCAGAAUUUCUGGAAGUGGGGGAGCUGGAGCGAAACAAUGUCCUUCACAAGCAGCAGCAUUGUUCCAGAAGCUCCUGAUAUGUGGGUGUGGAUGAACAAAGACUACACCGGGCAGGUCAUUUGGAAGCCGCUGACUCGAAGACAGAGUCGUGGUCUGAUGACAGGAUAUGAAGUUACUCUCUGGAGCCCGGGGGAAAGUUUACAGCACACAGAAAUAUUACCACCGGAUACCUUUGCUGUACCAGUCAACCUGACACAGAUGGCUACCGCCAGUAGUGACAACAUGGUUAUGGCAACUGUAACAGCAAAGAACACUGAAGGGGUUUCUCUACCUGCAAGUGUACUUAUACCUCUACGUUUGACAGACGCUGAUCCCCGUGCUGUGUCCCAGGCAGUUUAUACGGACAGCGGUUUCUCUCUGUUCUGGCAGAGCGAUGUCAACACCACCUGUGCUUAUGUGGUAGAAUGGCAUAAUACUUCCUGCAAGUGGAACUGCCCUGUGGACUGGAUCAAGGUUGCUCCUGGAAACACUAAUGUCUCCAUUGAGUCAGCCAACUUCCAGCCGGGUGUGAGGUACAACUUCUCCCUGUACAGCAUCUCCUCCGAGGCCCCAGAGCUGCUGCAGCGCUGGCAGGGAUACAUGCAGGAGCUUGUCCCUUCCAGUCCUGUCCUGUCUCUGUUAACCACCCAGGAGGACUCUGAUAUUCUCCUGACCUGGGGACAUAUCCCGCUGGUCAGCAGAAGAGGCUUCCUUCUGGGCUACAACAUAUACAUUAGCAGUGGCUCACAGCUCACACUUCUAGCCAACCUGUCAGACCCAGGAAGCAGGAGCUACACAGUCAAAGGUCUUUCUGAAGGCUCCUAUAAAUUUACUGUCAAGGCCUACACCUCAGCAGGAGAGGACACGGGUGCCACUGCCUCCAUAAUGCUGGAGCCAUUCACUGAUUGGCUGAUUCUGGAAAUCUUGGCUUCCUUGGGAGUGACAGCCUUAUUCCUGGUCAUUGUCACCUUUUUAUGCUACAAGAAACGGAAAUGGGUGAAAAAGGCCUUCUAUCCAGACAUACCUGAGCCCAAGCUGCCUGGUGAUUGGUCCAGGUCACAGGCACCGUUGGAUGUGAAGCCUCCUCACCACAGUUUGGUCCAUAUGGUAGAAAGGCCUGAGUGGGAUUCUAGUAAAGAAGCGCUCGUCGUCAUUCCUGAAGAAGAUGAGGAUGAAGAUGGUCAGGGGAUAGGAGACGAGCUAGUUGACACAGAUGAGCCAACGUCAUUACGCUACUACAACCAAGUAGUAGAUGAGCGGCCCAUAAGACCACGUUACCCAGACUCCUCUGAUUCUUCCGCCUCCUCUUUAGAUUCAGCACGCACCGAUGUGACAUACACGGGGAUCCAGACAUCAGGGUCUUCUUUUGUCUUCCAGCUAGAUCCUCAGGGCUCUUCUGAGGGCCACAUACCCCAGGCUGACCCAUCCUUCUGUGCAGAAGGAGGGGGAGGUUACCGGCCCCAGAUGCAAUCUAGAGUCCCUAGUGAUGACACGGGCCCAGCGUCACCCAAUCCUUUUCCAGAGUCCCAGGCUGCUAGUGGCUACAAACCCCAGAGCUCCUGGCAAAUGGACUCCCCGGUGGACGAUGGGGAAGGUCGCAGCCGUGCAUCCUCUCUUGGUUCCCCCACCUCAAUUGCUUCCACUCAGUUCCUCCUCCCUGAUGGAGAGGAUGAUACAGAGGAGAAACGACAGCCCUCAUCAUCAGCAGCAACAUGGUUAACCAACUUGCUGUCAUCCACAAAACCAUAAAUCAUCUCUCUCUCAAUACUAGCCGCCAGGCCAGGGGGGUUACAUAACACAUUUGGAUUCAGUGCUUUUACCAGUGUCAUUUACAAAACAAGCCUAAUCCAUAUGGUCUACAUCAGUCUACAUGUCCCCUCUGAUGUAGUACUACAUUACAGUUGCACUUAAACAGCAAGUCUAUAAUGCCAUUCAAGUGGUUUAUUCCAAAGAUACAGAAAAGUGUAUAUAGUUAAUUUUAUGUCAUGCAAAUAUCAUAGAUACAAAUCUGUAUAUUUAUAUAUCAAAACUAUUCUUUCCUAGCAAACCGCUUAAAAAAGAUAUUUCUGUAUGAUUCUUUUAAACCAUAUUUAUAGCACCCCCUGGCAACCUGGUGGUGCUAACAUCCCCUCGAUGCCUUUCCAGUGACUCCGUCUGAAGGCCAGUUAGCAAUGGCAUAUCCUGUUACAAUUGAGUACAUCCAGUUUAUCUUCCGUUUCAGAUGUUUUUAUUUGACUGUGAUAUGAACUUCACUACACUACAGAAGACCCAUUAAAAUAUGAAUGUUUUAAACCAAAUGACACCACAAAAAAGGUAAAGGAUAUUUGUUGGACAACACUACAAAAGAACAGUUUCUAUAGAAAGUAUCCAUGUCUUCUGCUGGUCCGCCAUUGGGAUAAUCUCACCUGUUUUGUGACAGUUAAUGAGCUCCUGAAAGAAAAAGAGGCAUUAAGCUGUAAAUAAAAGUGAUACCAUUUUAAAUGCAUGUUAAGAUGGCACUCUCCUGGAUCAAUAACAAGGUGGUUCCUAUCCUCAUAGAUGUGAUCUAUUUUUCACAAAUUACUGUCUGAACAGUGGGAUGUUGAAAGAUGAACUUUUAAAUAAGAAAAGUUAAUAUUUUACACAGAUACACAAGUGGUGCUGUCAGUAAUGGUCUGGAAUUGUAAGGGUGAUGAGUCCUGUGGAUAUAUACACUGAUAUAAGCUAGAACAUUAAUACAAACAGAUUAAUUUACUAACACACUGAUAUGUUACUUUCUUUUUGCAGUAUUUCUUUUGUUGAAAAUGUAUUUAUUUUAGAGUAAGGUCAGUAUCCUUUUUUAUGUAGCUAUGUGAUUUGCUUUAUCCUCAAGUUGAUAAUUGGUAUUAGACAGAUUAUGUUAAUUAACUUGGAUGGUUAUUUGCAGUGUUUUAAUUGCCUUGAUAAAUAUAAUGCUUCCAGUCUUGUGCAUCAACUUAAUUUUCACACAAUGCCUUGCUUCUAAAUGUUAUGUAUAAGGGAAAAAAAAGUUUUACAAUAAAAGCUUUAUUUUAUUGGACAACCAGAAUCCUCUGGCACUGUGCGUAACAUCUACAAAGUAGUCCCUUUUAAUCAACUUCAGUAAACGCUGAUUUUUUUAAAACUUUGGUUAAAAUAAAAUUACCACAUUGUUGUGAGUGAAAACUUGUUUAUUUUUUGGAAGAUUUAAGUCUACAAAACAUGUUUGUUUUCAAAUGUAAAAUGUUUUGAUCCCCUUUAUUUAUCUCAACGCCUCUUGGAAAAAGGAAUCUUGAAAUGCUUCUAUACAAAAAUGUGUUGAAAUGGCCUUAUGAAUAUUCUUAAAUUGAAAGCAAUUCGUCAUCUCCAUUAUGGGUCAAACAGCCCUAGGAUUCCCAAAAGUAUGAUUUUUGCAAAUAAUAUUUUAUAUUCUAAUCCAGCGGUAAACAGGAUGUUUAUUUUUACCAUAUCUCUCAGGCCCAUGUGGCAGCCCUUGGUUACUGUUUCUUAGUGCCUCCAGCCAACAAGCUUUAAGUAAAACUACUGUGAUAUGAAUGAGGACUUUGACUAUAGUAUGGAUGGCUUCACUGAUGAUGAAUUAAUGACAGGCAGCGCAGGCAGUCCUCUUUGACUACUGAGAAAAACGUCUCCUUGUACUUUGUCUUGUAACACUGAUGUUAAUUUUAACUGGGGAAAAUGUUUAAAAAUAAAAGAUAAAACUACAGCUUUCACUAUCAUAUUGAAUAAGGGGUAAAACAACCGGUUUGAGAUCAGUGAACUUCAAGGCAGUGCUAAAGUGUGUUUUAAGUAUUUAAACAUGACUGCUUUCUCAAACAAACUCUGCUUUGCAGACUAACCUAUGAAUGUGUUACAUGCCUUUGGGUUGAUUUGUAUUAACACAAAUGGCACCUUUUUUAUUUUUUUCUCUAAAUCUUUGUUUUUACACAACUAAUUGUACAUAUUUGUAAAUUUCUUUCAUUUAUUUUCUCUUACGAAAAUCAAAUUGAUAUUACCUAUUCUACAAAAAGCAGAGUUGUCUCUUGUGAGAAGAAGAGCAAAUGUUUGUUUUGGCGACACCAGAUAUAUAAAGUCCUCUGAUAUAUAAAAGCAUCACACUUGUCUGUAUAUUUGUUGUGUACUUACAUAGAAGCUUUUUGUCGAUACAAUCAUGUAAACUGAUGUAGAAUUGUGAUCCUGGCUGCUUAUAAAAUGUAUUCUACUUCCUUAUCACAGCAGUAUCACUUGCCAGACAAAUUGUAAUUAUUGGUAAAACUAUGCAGACUCUUACAUGCUGACAUGCACAUUUCCGUUUAGUCUGCUACCUGUUUUCUAUGGUCUGUCUACAUUUUUUAUUUGAACCGAUGCUUACACUGUGGAAAGUUACACUUCUGUUAGGUUUACAGCAGGGUAAACUUGCUGCCUAACAAGUAUUCAUCUCUGGUCUUGGAUGUUUUUUGUGAAAUUAUGCAUGUUGUAUAAUCUAUUACUACAAAAAAGUGGCUGGUAAAUCCUUUAAAUACCAUGUUUAAGUUACCUUAUAGCUUAAAACAAAUUGCGUUGACUUAUGUUGUGCACAACAACAUGACUACAAAUAGGUGUUCCUGAAAAAGGUUUUAAUUUCAUUUUAAUUGUCAUGAUAUUUUGCAGAACAUUUAACUAUGGAUAAAAAACAAUGUGCUUCUGAGUUAAUAAAUACAUGUUAACACUUAUAACACAAAUCGAAAUGCUGCUUGUUUAAAUGCAAUAAAGUCAUUUGUCUGGCAA